AUGUCACUUACUGAAAUCAGAUAUAAUUUCUCAAAUUUGAUAGAACUUAGAGUAAGAAAACAGAAGCAGCAAGUGAAAUCUACAUCUAAACAAAGUUUAAGUCAAGAAAAUAUCAGUAAUGAAAAAUGUGAAAAAAAUGCAAAUGUCUU